AUGGAUGAUGAUGCAGAGGAUUCAACGGAAGGAUCUCCAGUGUCCUGGAAUUUUAAUUCAAGUUACUCCGACAAAGAUGUUUUAGAAGAGAUCAAAUAUUACGUACAGUCAGACGAUAAUGAAUCCAACAAAUUUUAUGACGAUGUCAUCCAACACAUUGAAUCCAAGAUUGGGCGUCAACUCGUCUGCUUGGAAAAAACCUGGUCCGAGAGACAAUACGUCAAUGUCGUCAUGAAAAUGUGGUUGCGCAAGAGUUGUCGAAAGGCCUUUUACUACCUGGAUAAUAAAACGACUGAUAUCAGCCUCGAGAUGUCAUCCCUCCUGACUGAGUUGGACUCCAUCCAUUCCUUCGAAGAUAUUCGCAGUAAAUUGGCAGACGAAUCACGACUUCGAUACUGGUGUGAUGGCGGAUGUCAAUAUCUUAAACUGAUUCUCGAUCAAAAGGACCUACUCGAAACCGCUCAUCGCUUCGUCGUGCCUGUCAUAAAUUAUUUAAAGCAAUUCAAAUCAUCGUGCACCGACAAGGUGUUUUCCCGGUGCCUGAACGAUAUUGCCAAAGAUAAAGUUCGAGGCGACAAGUUCGUGAAAUUUAUUUCCUCGUUGGAUGAGUUUCUGGCACACCUGAGGGAAGACAAGAAGAAGAAAGAAUUACAAGACCUUUUAGAAGAGGAGAAUACAGUUGGCAUAUCGGGACGUGAUUUGGUCAAGAAACUAAUCGGCAAUGUGUCCAAAAUUAAAUUAACAUUACCCGAAUGGGUUAUUCGCUUCAUAUCCAUUAAUACACAAUUGCCUGAUGAAGAAUGGACCCCAAAACUGCAAUCACUGACUUUAGAGACGUGCAAAAAGUUCUUGCUACCCAGAAACGAAAUCAAAAUCAAAGACGACGAUGGAAGGCAAAUUAUUUUCAUCAAAGGCAUCGUCAUCUUUGUGAGCAAAAUAAUCAAACAAAUGUUGGAACUGAAACGAGCCAAUCCGAAUGUGCAAGAAGUCCAAAUUGUUGGGCUGACAUCGGUACACGUCGACUGGCACUUGGAAUCGAAAGACUGGCACGGAAUAAACGUGGGAGUCGUCUCCGAUCAAAUCUUUGUCAACGGAGAAGUCUGUUGGGACGUAUCAGGGCUACAUGGAUAUAUUAAACCUGGAACCAGCACGAUGUGUUCUAUGAACGAUAAAGGCGCAAAUUAUCCUAAGCCGGGAGAGAGCGGUGGUAAUGUGUACGUCGUUUGUAACGAAAUGACAGCGAUCAACAAUGGACGCUGGACAAUUACAUCUGAUGGGGGAGACGGAGACAACGCCAGCAAGGAUGCAAAUAGGAAAUGGACAAAAGACAAAUUUGAAAUGGUUUUUCCUUCCAUGUCGCGAUUUGAUUCAGCAGGUGAAAAUGCAGUGAGCAAAGUCCUGGCGAAACUAGAAGAAAUAUUACCGCCGGAAAAUAGGGAUCACGGCGUCGAUAUCGGAAAGGGACACGACGAUGCUUUUUUCGUCGAAGGAACCGCAAAAGAUGGAAAUAGGAUCACAGUAUCCUAUUUUUACAAAAUUAACAAGACAACCCGCAACAUAAAGAAUAAGUGUACAGUCGUACUUCGCCAAGGAGCGGUUGGACAAGGUGGAUUUGGUGGGACCAUUGUCAUCGAGAACCUGAGCGGAGACAUGGGCAAGAAGUCCAGUGUUCUGUUCACCGGAAAGGACAAACGACAAAUAUCAUAUGUACGUACCAAUUUUUAUGAGGCAUUCGGUUCAGAUGGCAAUAUGAGCAAAUUGGUUGGAGAUGUCGGUUUUAUUCACAACGAAAACUCGUCGCUGUGCAAACAAAACAACAAGGGAGAAUUCUUCGGAUUUGACAGUGAUGUCAGACUACAUUUAAAAUUUCAAACUAAGAAACCGCGCGGUAAAGGUUCCAACUUGUAUGGCAGAUUACAUCAUCCGAUAAAUGGGUUGAAUUAUGCGUCAAUUGUGUGCAGUAGUAAUCGGGAGUCUUAUGAAGACCACAGCUUGACGUUCGACCAAAAGCGAAUGGUGGAAGCCGUUAAGAAAAAGGCCAUCACUCUGCAAAGUCUGGGGCAACAUUUAGCCCAGAUAGACGAACGAAAGCAAAUGACUCAAUCUCUCCAGAAAAUGUUGGCCAAUCCGUUGGAUCAACACUGCAACAUCGGUGUUUUAAUGAACAACAUUUCAAACAAAGAAGUUCAACUGAAUCAUCAGUUGACAUCCCUACGUCAAUAUCAUCAGGAGAAAAUCGGACGAGGGCAAUACAUCAAGCCAUCAUCGUUAAAGAAAGAAGAUGUCGGUCGUGCAGCAUGUUCUUACCGGAUAAAUGCAGAUCGCCGUCCUGUUUGCUUUGCUGACUGCAAGAAACCACCGGCCAACAAGGUUUACUGUCUCGAAGCUUUACCAACGGUCGGUGGGGUUGACAGCGCCCUCCACUGUAUCUUUGGCCGACCGAAUUCGGAUGGUUUGUAUUAUUGCAAUAACACCAACAAAUACCGCCAUCGUCUUGCCAAGUUCAUUCUAGACAAAGAAAACAGAAGCAAAAUGUCCGCGCCUAUCGAAAGUUUUGUGCUUAGAGUGAAGAACGGUAGCAAAGACUUUCCUGUGGCAAGUAUCAUGAAGGACUCGUACACGAAACACAAAAAAGUUGAGAAAAAAUCGAAUUGGCAAAUACCCACGGACCGAUUCGAGAAAUUGUUGGAGGAAUAUGCUAAAUUCGUUGAAUGCCCGUCGAGUUUUCUGUUGAUUACCGAACUGAAGCUAUUGGCCCUAAUUCACCAACUAACCAUUCAUGUUUAUGAAAGUCAAUCAUAUUCAUUCCAAUUUAAAAGUACAUUUAAUCUAAACGGCGGCGGAUGUAAUAUGGAUCCAUUAAAUGAAAACUUUCUUCUGUACGAACCUGAUGGUGAAUGUCAGCGUCUCAAGGCUAAUACGAACUUGCAACCCUUUUGCAGUCAAAUUGAAAACGAUUUAUUCAAAUUUCAGCCUUUUCAGACCAUUUCAUUUGCAAAUUUGAUGGAAUGGUCUAAAGAGAACUGCUGUAACGACAAAAUAAUGUCGUCACUCAAGAUGUUCAACCCCGAAGACGGUGAAACACCUGAUGAAUUAUCUCGACUUCUUCUAGAGCGCUUAAAGGAGAUUGUAAUGAAGAAUAGACCAAUAAAUGAACUGGAAUCAGAAAUUCGCAUUUUGUCUGAACGAGUGGAGGAAUACAACAGUCGAAAUCUGAGCCCAAUCUUUUACCUGCACAUUGUUGCCAAAUCUGAGCCUUACGAAUGGAAAUAUGAUUUUCUUUUGCUCGAAAUAGAAGAACAGCUUUCAAGUCCGCUCAAGCCAGCCGAACGAAAAGUUUGGAGAGACAACUUGUUUUACAGUUUGGACGACAGGAUUUUGUCAUUAUUGCGAGAACGUCUUGUGACAUCAAGGACCGGUAUUAGUACCUCUUUACUAGAACCAGAAAAGUUUGAGCAAAUGUUGAAGAUGUUGGAAUCCAAAACCGAAGAGUCUGAAAAACUAGUUGAACAUCUUCGUCAAUUGCCCCUAAACAAAUGGCAUGAUGAGCUGAAAAGUAAAGUCGGAAUGAAGAAUGAUAACAGCUCCUCGAGAAAAACGAGUAGGAAUGAGGAGAACGAUAAAGAAGAACCAGCCCCUAAUUUAUCGCAAGAAAGAAUCCUAUCGGAUAUAAUGUCCUUAAUAAAUAUAGAUAACGAUUGGCCAUCCACAUUUUUGAGAGACAUUGAAAAUCGUGUAAGUGCAUCAUCUUUGAUGGCGGAGCGCGACGAUAAGAGCAUUCAAAAACUCAUCCAAAAGUGGCAAACUAAAGGUUUAAAAUUAAAUGACGAUGAAUCGCUGAUUCAGUUCCUUUAUGUCUACGAUUACGCCGUAACGAAAGUUUAUGCCAGUUUGACCAAGAAUGGAAGUAACAGAAACCAACCAUUCCGGCUGCGCGAUACCCAAAAAGUGACGAUAAUUACUCUAUUGAUGUCAACCAGCACGUUAGCUCAAGUAUCUACUGGAGAAGGCAAGUCGCUAAUCGUGGCCGGUGUGGCUAUUGCACAUGCUCUUUCGGGGAAAAAGAUUGACGUCAUUAUCAGCAACGAUGUCCUAGCCCUUCGCGAUUCUAAUCGGUCGGUGGCUGACGGUGGCCUUCGAGACAUUUACGAAUAUUUCAAAGUGAAAGUAGCCAACAAUUGCAGCCAUACGGAAGACGAUCGCGUCAAAGCCUACGAUUCUGCCGUCGUUUACGGGGAAUUGGCUAACUUUCAGCGUGAUUACUUGUUAGACUCCUUCUAUGGCCGCAACAUCCGCGGAGAUCGCACGUUCGACUUGGUCAUUAUUGACGAGGUUGAUUGUAUGUUGCUUGACCGAGGCAAUAACACGCUUUACUUGUCGCACGAUAUCCCUGGCAUGGAAAUGCUCGAAUCUUUGUACGUAUUCAUUUGGGAGAAAAUAUGCAAUCAUAAUUUGGGACUCGAAAAAAUCAAAUGCGACGUCCUGUAUGAUCUCUACGGCACAAUCACUAAGAAACAUUUAGAGGCCGUUCACGCUCCAUUGAAAACCAAUCCAUCAAAACUGAACCAACUGUGGGACUAUCUAAUCGAGGCGAAAAUCAUUGAUCCACAAGGACGUCUUUUGGCUGAUAAACUUGAACGCAUUGCACGAAUAAAUUAUAUUGAGAAUCUCGAUCUGAAUUUAAAAUUAAUUUUCUAUUUCCGCAAUGUGUUCGAGCGCGAACGCCACAUCCGGAUUCCCAGUCAUUUGUUGUCCUUUGUCGACAGACAUCUUGACACUUGGCUGGAAAACGCCUUGUUUGCAAUGUAUCUGAAACCUGAAGUGGAUUACGUCGUCGACCAAGACCGGACAGAUACGAGUCCAGAUCUAAAUCCUCAAGUGAUUGUAAUCGAUCCGCACACGGGGACAGAUCAAACUUCGUCCCAAUGGGAUGGAUCUCUUCAUCAAUUUCUUCAACUCAAGGAAGGAUGCAAAUUAACGCUGCAAAGUCUUAAGGCUGUUUUUAUAUCCAAUACGACCUACAUCAAACGUUACAAAAUGCUACUAGGUACAUCGGGAACGCUGGGAUUCGAAGCAGAACAGGAAUUUCUGAAGAAAAAAUACGAUUGCAAAUGCAUUUUCAUUCCGACUGCCUUUCCGAAAUGUUUUACCAUCAAACCAGCCAAAGUGUUAAAGACAAAGCAAAGUUGGCUUGAAGCAAUCAAAGAAGAAGUAAGACUUACAGUUUCCCCAACGAAAGAAAAGCGUUCGGCUGUCAUUUUCUGUCGAUCGAUCAGAGAUGUUAACAUUGUUCAUCAAUAUUUGACAGCUUCCUUUCCAAAAGUUAAAGAGACCAGACAGAUCCAUCGCUACAUCCGCGAUUUCGAAGAAUUCGCAUUCGAAAGCAAAACAUUGGACGUGGGUCAUAUAAUUGUCGCUACCAAUUUAGCCGGUCGUGGAACUGAUAUCAAGAUCAGUAGAGAAUUGAAUGAAAAUGGAGGUUUACACGUUUGUUUGGCGUACCUGCCGGAAAACGAACGGAUUGAGGAACAAGCGAUGGGUCGUGCCGGUCGAAACGGAGCACCCGGAAGCGGAAUAAUUAUCUUAUGUGAGCCCCAAUUUUCCAAAAGGGAGUUGUCGGUUGAAUCUCAUGAGGAGUGGAGUACUGAGAGAUUCAUCAACAUGAAAGAAGAACGGAAUACACGAGAACGCCAAAGAAUUUCUAGACUAGAAGAAGAUUACUGCGGCAUUGAUUUACAAGAAAGAUUCUUCAACGAAUUUUCAAAUCAUCACACACAAUUGAAGAUUGACCUCAAACAUUUGAAAUGGGACGAUCCGAUAAUUAAGGCAGUUUGCGAUAGCAUCUUGGACAAAUGGGCACUGUGGCUCGAUGAAAUGGAAGUUGACGCGGCAUUUUUAAGUUUCGAAUGCAUCAGCUAUUUUUUUAGAAAAGAACUCAUCGAGGUGCUCACACUACCCGAGAACCCUAGUGACAUCGAAUGGAUGACACCGGCGCGUUCAGUUGUCGUGGCCAAACAUCUAAUAACAAAUCGAGAGAACAAACCCAGUUUUUUAACGGCCGCUUGCGUAAUUUUGGAUAGACUGAUCGAAUCGAACGACAGUUUUUUCUACCCAUCUGCUCACUACUAUCGCUCUCUCAUUUACACAACAGACAAUUUCCAAAAGAAUAAAAAACCGUUUAUCCGAACAUUGCGAACCUGUGAAUCUAAUCUCAUCAAGCACAUAGAAAUGCAAUCGUCAUGCCUUGACAAAAUAACGCAAACAAAAAAUAUGAGAUCUGACGAGAAGCUUCCGUUUUGCGUUGUCGAUUCCUACAAACAGCAAAAGCAGAAAGUUAUUCAAAUAUUUCAAUACUUUAUUUGCUCCACAAGAUCGUUGUUGGGAAGUCACAGUUGUUCAGCUUCUGAUGUUCAAAAUGCAUUGAUUGCAAAAAACACGAAAAACGAAAAAGCUAACGAAAAAAAGCUAAUGAAAAAAGCUAACGAAUUAUUUGAAUCGCUGGUGAAAUCUAAGUGCAUCAUCAAUCAAGUCAACGAUGAAAAGACGGUCCCAAAUCGAGAUGCCGUUAUUCAGCGAGUAGCCUAUGACAAUGGAGUUAGUCAAUCGUCACUCGUUGAAAGCUUAGAAAACAUAAGGGGCAAAAAUGAAUCAUUCAACAUUGAAAGGGGUGUGUCAUUUUGCCGAACUAUUAGCAAAGAUAAGAUUUUCGGAAAGAAAAUAAGUAGCGAUGGUCUCGGCGAGAGAGAAAUUGAGAAGAAACUGAAAAGUAUUCAGAUGAUUCGCUAUUCCAGAAAAAAAUUUUGGGAGUACAUGUUGGAUAAAGGAGUCCUCCAAGAGUGUGUGAUCGUUUCCGAGUCUGAGGCUGCAAAAAUGAAUCGCUUAGACCCGGAAUUCACUGAUGGCAUUUUCGUACAGUACAGUUAUUCGGGCAGUUUCAAAGAUUUAAAGAAGAAUGAAAAAGUCAUUUUCCGUAAGGAAUAUAAGAAAGCUAAUACAUGUCGUAAUAACAAGGAAAUUGAUUACGAUUAUGCCCUUCUUGAUCUCGAAAGGCUCAAGAGUGUCGACCUAACAUCGUUUGGCCAGUUGAAAAGUCACGAUUUGAUGUACACGAAUAUCGAUACCGACGAAUGGCCACAGAUAUGGAACGAUUUGUUGAAACAAAAUAUUAUUGACGAAAAGGGAUAUCUUGUCCCCAAUAAGGAAACAAAACUUUUUAGAUAUCCCCAAUGCCCGGCGUAUGAAGUUCCUGUGAGAAAAUUGAUUGAAACAACGUUCGCUGUAGAAAUAGUCAGGCGCCAGUGGCUGAAUGCUGAAAAAGAUCCAAAUUCUCUCAAGGCAAUUGAAAUACUACCCCUGAAACCUUAUCGAAAAAUUCUGAACGAUCUGAAGGCGUCACACGUCAUUUGUGGAGCUCAAGUGACGGAGGAUACGACACUUUUAGAGAAAACUGUCAACGAUAUAUGUUCAUCAGAGGACACGCGUCAAUGUGUUUUAGAAUUCUUGAAAAGCCGCCAAGCAAUCUACGUUACCACGAAAAUGACACCGGAUACUUUUUGUCUCUAUUCUCUUGAAAGCCACAUUCGAACAAUUAAAGAAAUGUCAGGCGUCUUGUCUGAACUCCACGCUUUUACUCUGGUAGGAUUUGACCAUGUAAUUAACAUGAAGGAACGAGCAGCGACAUGGAAGUUUUUCGGUUCUGCCUCACUCGUCAUUUUUGGUGGAGUUGCUCAGAUUGUGGCUCGAGUUGUAGGUCACAAUUUCGGGCUAUUAACACAAGAAUACGGUGACGCAGUAUCACAACAGGGAAUGGCUGACAUCAAUUACGGCAUUCAAGCUAUAAAAUAUCGACAAGAAAUCACUUGGGACGAUUACAAAAGGCAUAAAAUGGAUCUGGUAAAAUCUGAUCUAGUUAUGAUUAGAGAUGCAAUGUUGAAUUCCCUGGAGGCUGACGACGAAUUUGAGUUUGAAUCAGAAUUGAUGACGUCGGCGCCCUACUCAAGAGGAAACGAGAGAACAAUUCGUGAUCAAUCCAUAUGCCAGGAUAGGCCAGUAACCGAAGACAGCAGCGCAAUCAAUCACUUUCAAUCAGUCGAGCACAAAGUCGAUUUGUUUUUCCAACUUCGAGUCACGUUUCAAAGCACUUUACUCGAGAAAACAAACAGCGUCAUCAGAAAGAACUCGGUCGAAAUGAAAGAGACACUGGGCAAUCUCUAUAGGUCACACGGACUAGAGAAAGCGCAAAAAACCGUCAAAACAAAAAUGAAAGAACUUGUCGACAACUCGUUUGACCAUAGCCUAGGAGUGGCUGUAAAGGCAUGGAAUAAGCUGUUAGAGAAACAGUUCUUCCAACUAGACGAUGCCGGGACUUUUAAAUGGGAAAACAAAGAAGAACUUCGUACAAAUUUGGUCCUAAAAAUGGGAAUAUCAGUUAUAAAACGCACACAAAUGGAGUGCAUAAAUAAAUUUCACGCAGAACUGAGAAAAUCCUGCUCGUCCGAAUCAUCAACAACCAAUGACUUUGACGAUGAGGAACGACACCGCUUUCUAACAAAUGGAAUAGCCAACAUUAAAUCUGAACUAGCUAGAAAUGUAGAGAAGCUGACGCAGAAAAUGAUGGAGUAUUUCAUCCAUAAUCACAAUGCAUUCACUUAGAUGCAAGAUUUGACGCUUAUUAUUUAAUUCUGAGCUUGCAUUUAAAACUAAUACAAAUUCACAAACUCGAUGGAUGAGACCUUAACUCACGAAAACGGAAUCACAGUGGACAAUUUCGACAUGAGAAUUGUUCGAGAAUGCGGGUGGUGUACGUGAUUGGCGCGUCUGCAACAGAAAAAUUACAUUGGACCACCGAAAAAUUAUCUUAAGAGUUAGUUGCCUUAAUACUUAUAGCAGGAUAUACUGGUGUCGGUGAUAAUUUUUGUACGAUAAAUAAAAAAAAGUUUUGCUUUGUAGCAUUGUUCAAUUAAACAGCAAUGAAAAUAAAAGUCAUUUCAGUUAACCGCUUA